CUAGAGCGACGCUUGAAGUUCCAUGCUUGAGUUUAUGGUUGGGUCGAAUCGAGUUUAACCAUUUCCUCGCUAGAGUGUGGCUUGCAGUAUUUCUUCACAAUGUUUCAUGAUGAAGAUGAUGGUGAUGAGGACAGAGCUACAUAUGAAGAUGAGCUGUACAGAGAUGAGUCUUCCAGUGAGGAUAGCAUUGACAGUGAAGUAGAAUUCUACCUCUACAGCCAGGUGCAUUAUUCCCAAAAUCUCACAGAGUCUAACAAGGAGGAAAUCGAUGCAGAUCCACAACAAUGUAUAUCAGAGAAGAAACCGCAACUAAAUUCUAGUGUCAUCACUGUGACAGACAAUGAUGAAAUCUCAGAUAGCUCUGGGGUCAUCAUCUUGUCAGACACAAUGGAAGAAGAUAGUGUGUACAGUCUCAAGACUAAGAGGAAAGCAAGUAAGGCUUCCUUACAGUGGAAGGGUGUAUUACACAAACCAGGAAACCAAUCUACUCCCAAAUCCUGCAGUUCUCACAGUAAGCUUUUGAGUGGUUGUAAGACGGGCCAGUUAAAUGUCAGCAGGAGUUAUAAAGGUGGACUGAUCCAGGAAGUCUUGGUGAUUAGAGGAAGUUCUGAGGAUGAAAGGAUCGAUGAGUAUGUAGUAGACACUGGAACAGAAUCAGAAAGUGAUCAGAGUGAUUUGGAAAACUGGAUGCUACUUGGCAGAGCCAAGGAAGAGGGAGACACUAGUAUCCAGCUCAAUAUUGAGGGAUGUAGAAGUCCAUCUACUGCAGGUGAAGGAGGAAUUGACUGGUCAAUUGGUGAAAGAGAUACAGAGGCACAGAUUGGGAACUACGCUCCAACCAGACGGUCGUCCAACCGGUACUAUACAGAUAAGGAUGUUGUCUGCAGAAAUUGUAAUAAGCGGGGCCAUCUCUCCAAGAAUUGCCCUAGUCCAAGGAAAAUGCCAGCUUGCUGCUUGUGCGGUGAAAGAGGCCAUUUACAGAAUACUUGUCUUGCACGGUACUGUUCAAACUGUUUUCUGCCUGGGCAUUUAUAUCGAGACUGCAUUGAACGUGCUUACUGGAAGAAGGACUGCCAUCGCUGUUCGAUGACUGGUCACUAUGCUGAUGCUUGCCCAGAAAUCUGGAGACAGUACCACCUAACUGUUAAACCAGGACCCAUCAGGAAGUCGAAAUCUGGGCAAGCCAAAAAAAAUGUGUACUGUAGCAACUGUGCAAGGAAAGGCCAUUGUAUUUAUGAGUGCACAGAAAAGCUUAUGUAUAACGGAAGCUUUCCGUCAUGUCAGCUUGUAUUCACCUAUGAUGGGGAUCGGGAUAUCUGGAAAAGAAACGAGAGGGCAAAACUCAAGAUUAAAGACCUUCAAGAUGCUGACCUCUUGCCGUAUGAGGUAUCAGUACCUGACAAAGAUCUGGAUAUGUCACCAUCUAAAAAAAAAAAAAAACACCUGAAAGAAUUCAAACACCUGCAUGGAAAAGAGAAGCCACAUACUUCAAAGAAAAAUGCGUAUUUAGAGAAAAUCACAGAGAAAAAGCUUAAGAAAAGGUGCAGCUUCUUAAAAAGUCAGGCUUUAGGUGAGGACUUUCCCAGAGGAGGUUCAGCAAAGUCAUCAAAGCAAAAAAAACACAAAGUAUCGAAACAUUCUGACAACAAUUUGUUCGGAAAAUCUGCUGGUGAGCGGUUUAAAAAACAAAAAAGGAACAGGCGCAAACAUAAGGGAGAAAAAUAUACUGCUGUGGAUGAGAGUUUACUUAUAAUUAAACAGAGGAAAAAGAAGUCUAAAAAGAACAAUAACUAGGAACAACACAGCAACAAUACAUACAUCCAAACCAAGUUUAUUAUAUUUGGUAUGCUUUUUUUUGUUUUUGUUUUUUUGGAGGGAGUGGGGGUGUGUGCCAACAACCACUUAGAAAAUAAUUAUUCUGAAACACAGGUGAAGUUCAGGAAUAAUAUGAAAGUGAUCAACACAGUUUGGUUCAUAUGAUCCUCCUUUUAAUUUAUCUUUAUGGGAGCCUCAAAAUAAAUGAAGAUACGUUCAGGGGUUUUGU